AGCUAAAUGUGUCAUUGAGACUGAUUGGGAGACAUGAAACAGAGCUAUGUGAUGAGCGUUUGGUAGAGAAAACGGUCCCACGUGCUGAUGUUUUGUGAAUUGCAUGAUGUAAACAGGGAGACUGUUUGAGAGGUCAGGAAAACUGGGUGUGGAUGGGGUAUAUGUUGAAUGUUGUGAUAGGAACGGGGAAGUAAGUGUGGGUAACGCUCUUUUUAGUUUUCUUAGAGUAACCGGUUUAGGCCAUAGACUUGUAGAAGGUUCAGGGAAAUUAGUUUAAUGUUGGUAGACUUUGACCGUCCUCGUACUCCAACACAGUAGGUGGCGAUGUAUGCACUUCAAAGUUUACGCAUUCCACCAACCAAACCCAAAGAAUAAAAAGAACAAUUCACCGCAGAAGAAGAGUAUUCCUGUGGCAUCACGUGAGGAGGUUAUCAAAAGUACCAAACAGGGGCGUCAGAGGAGAGACGUGGCUUUGUUUUGCUCGGGUACCGUUACCUGGAGGUUGGUGUAGAAAUGACUAAAUUAGGGCUUUUGAACGCCUAUCUUACCGAACGGUUAAUGGUGGCUGUGCGAGAGAUUUUGGAGGUGGUGGAGGGCACUGUGUCGGAGUACCAGGAAGAAGCGGCUCGAACGCACCGAGAAAACGAGAAGCUGAGACGGAGGCUGCAAGAAGUCGGUUUAGACACGGUCGCAGAUUGGUCGGGAACAGGACAUCCUCUCUCUCUCUCCAUCCCUCCCUCCCUCUCUCCAGGAGCGGCGCUCCCUCUCUCCCUCUCGGCGGCCGAGGGGAGGUCCCCCGCGGAGGAGCAGCACGGCGAGCAGGAGUGGAGCUCCGGCCUGAGGGAGGAGUUCGCCCUGAGCGAGGAGGAGGAGCAGCCGCCGCCGCACGCGGGGUCAUGUGACCCGGGACUCGCCGCGCCGGACUACGCCGCCGCCGCCGCCGCCGGCCCGCUCCCGUCCGCGCCCCGCGUGAAGAGCGACGAGGACGCCGGGCCCGGCGGGCCCCCGGACCUCUUCAGGGUCCACAUCGUGGGCCCGGCGGGGGCCUACUCCCCCCCCGGCCUUGCGCCGGACUCCAUCAAAACGGAGCCCAGCGAGGUCUACUGCGCCUCGGCCCAGCUCCCCGCCCCCCUGCGCACCCCCCCGGAGGCGGGGAACCCCGCGGGCUCCGACGAGGCCGACGCUCCGGUCGGCGAGGCGGGGGCCGAUCCCCACCCGCUUCCGCCGCCGUCCCGAAACAGGCAGCCCGGGGGGGGUCGGUCGGGCCGGGCCUGCCGGAAGACGUCCCACAGCUGCCCCCACUGCAGCAAGACCUUCCGGCACGUGUCCCGCCUCAAGAUCCACCUGCGCAUCCACACGGGCGAGAAGCCCUUCGGCUGCCCCCUGUGCGGCAAGUGCUUCAACAACGACGGCACGCUGAAGAACCACCAGCGCGUCCACACGCAGGUGCGGCUCUACAGCUGCGCCGAGUGCGGCAUGAGCUUCAAGGACGCCUACACCUGCAAGAAGCACCAGCGCGUGCACACGGGCGAGAAGCCCUACCGCUGCGCCCACUGCGGCAAGCACUUCAACGAGGCGGGCAACCUGCAGACACACGUCCGCACGCACACGGGCGAGAGGCCCUACUGCUGCACCCUCUGCGGGAAGCGCUUCCUGGAGUCGGGGAAGCUGAAGAAGCACUUCCGCAUUCACACCAGGGCCGGCGCGCAGAGCUGAGAUCGGUCGCGCUCGGUCGCGCUUUUCAAUGCGGGCGCGUGAAUAUUCGCGGGACUGGGGUGAUUGAUUUUAAUGAGUGCGUGGAGCGUGGGUACAGCGCCACGGCGCGCUGAUAAUGUUACGCUAAUGGCGAUUGGUCAGAGACGGCUGCUAGUCCUGUCUUUGAGGUUACGGUCACAUUUGCACCCGAGUCACGUGUUGCUUGCGAUGGUGAUGGCGAGGCUGUAAUGGUGAUUUUAGCUGAUUGGGAGCCCUGUAGAAACGUGUCGUUGAACUGAAGGCUCGGUGCUUUCCUGUUUAAUGACCACCUCAGCCGGGUGCGAGACCUUCUCAACUUUUCUGUCUUUUCUAGCUCUUCAACGCAGGUGUGUAUUCUUUUAAUAAUCACACAGCUCCACCCAAAUCCGCUGACCGUAUUUUAUAAGCCUUUUUGAGGUUUAAAAUUGAGUUUGAUACUAAAUCUGUUCUGUCCUGAAUCGGAUACUGAGGUGUUAGCAGGUACAAGUGGGUGCCCUGGUGAGAAGCACUUGUGACAAUUGUGAUUGUGUCUGCUGACAUUCAAACUGACGCGCUGGACUCAGAAUAGCGUGCAUGCGCACAGAUGGCGCCGGGUCAACGAGAACACUGAUUGAACUUUGCGGGUCAAAAAACUGAUUGAGGAUGAUCCAGUAUGAGGACACUGGCCCUUUAAGAGUGAGUCAGUUGUGAGCGUGCGGUACACUAAAGUAAAAGGUCGAGCCCCUGGUUUGAUUCAGUGCAGACAGGGAUGGCCGAAUUCGGUCUGCCCUGUUCCUCGCCCUGCCUGGUGACCCCCCCCGGUCCCUUGGUCCACAUGGUUGGAGAGUUUUAAUGCAUAGACUGACACUAUGGAUUCUGGAGACGUUUCGGCUACGUGCUUCGCCACUGCUUGGGCACGGAAAGGCGGAGAAUGUUCCAGAAGCUCGGUAUGGCUACUACGUUUUGAUUCCUGAGUCGCUCCCCUCCGGUACCGUUUCGCCGGUAAGCAGCGCGUUCUUCUCUGACACCAGGGCUCUCCAAUCUCUCCACUGGCCACGCCCCCUUUAAGUGUGCAUGUUGGGGAGGAGAGGACUCCAUUGGUGAUGGACAUGGGCACAACAGUGUCACUGCUGAACUUAAAAACAUGCACUAAAUUUGGUGUUUCCCCUCAGGUUGAGAAUUUAUUUCCGGUGGUCGACUCCAUGUGUGUGUUUUGGGGGGGGGGGGGGGUUGUACCAAAAAAUGGACUUCUGAGGAUUGUUUGUACUGUUUAUUAAAUUGUACUGCAAGUAAUAACAACAAGUUAUUCAAUUUU